AAUUAUUGACUACGAUGUUACCAACACCAGAAGAGAAGCACAAGAUUCAAGAAGCUGCCAUUUGCAACCCUGAACUUUCUCUGGGGUCAGCAGAACAGUUUCUGAUGAUGCUGUCGUCCAUAUCUGAACUUCCUGCCAGAUUAAAACUCUGGAUCUUUAAACUAGACUAUGAGAAUAUGGAAAAGGAGGUGGCAGAACCCUUGAUGGACUUGAAGCAAAGCACAGAAGACCUUCAAAAGAAUCGCACUUUCAAGAUAAUGUUAUCUGUUCUUCUCUCCAUUGGUAACUUCCUUAAUGGCACAGAAUGUCGAGGCUUCCAAAUUGAGUACUUGUCCAAAGUGCCGGAGGUGAAGGAUACCGUUCAUAAACAUUCACUGCUUCACCAUCUGUGUCACAUGGUUAUUGAAAAAUGUUCAUAUUCAUCAGAUCUUUAUUCGGAGAUUGGCUCAAUCACCCGUGCAUCAAACGUGGACUUCGAGGAGCUGUCUAAUAACAUUGCCAAGAUUGAGGUCGACUGUAAAGAAUCAUGGGAUCAUCUAAAAGCCAUUGCAAAACAUGAUGGCCCUACACAGAUUAAGCUCAAGUAA